CAUCUACGUACUACUCUACUACUCCAGCCGAGUUUCAAUCGGCACAACUAAUUGGCUUGGCUGGGCCUCUGUCGCAGACAAUGGACGACAGCUUGUUGGAAAAGGGGGAUUUAGGCCCUGUCCCUCCGGACCAGGAGCCAUUGCCAAGGUGGAGGGCUGCGGAGAGGGCGAUAUAUUACCAGAUCAUGACUUGCCUUGCUGUACUUUUCCUCAUACUCCAGUACCAUGGUCUCCUUACCUGCGCGCGACCGCCUCCAAGAGCACGACAAGUAGCUGGUGUUCCCUCCUACGCCCUCGAAUAUGCUCCGUUGGUCUGGCUCGAUGUUCAGGAGCAAUACUUCCCGUCCGACAUAGCUGCGCAGGUUGAAAACACACAUCCGGGCAUCAACUACACGACAAUUGGCGACCUUCCAUCUCUCACACUCGACAACCUCGACGUCCUCAAUUCCUACGGCGACGAUGGGAAGUAUGUCUACCUCACCUCCAACAUCGACGUGACCACGGCGCCCAAAUGGCUAGACGGGGUUGUUCCAGACUCUUCCGGGAAGACCAACGGCGCAACGAGCGCCGCCAUAAUUGUCAACGACCAUGGAGCCGGACUGGUGGACGUCUUCUACAUGUACUUCUAUGCCUACAACCUCGGGAACACGGUGCUCUUCCAAGAACUCGGCGAUCACAUUGGAGAUUGGGAGCACAACAUGAUCCGGUUCCAAGACGGCGCUCCCCAGGAGAUCUGGUACAGCCAGCACGGCAACGGCGAAGCCUUCACCUAUGCCACCGUUGAGAAGCAAGGCGUGCGGCCCGUCGCCUAUUCCGCGCGGGGCAGCCACGCGAACUAUGCCAUCGCCGGGACGCACGACCAUACGAUUCCGGACCUGAAUCUGCCAGCGGGUCUGAUCCAAGAUUACACCUCGCAGGGCAUGAUCUGGGACCCUGCCCAGAGCGCCUAUUUCUACUCCUACGACGCCGCCAGCGCGUCCUUCACCAGUGCCGAUGGGAUUAGUCCUACGGGAGCUAUGCGUUUCAGGGGCCAGUGGGGCGAUGAGCAGUACCCGGAUAAGGAUCCUAGACAGAAGAAAUUCUUUGGUUUCUAUAAAUUUGUCAGUGGGCCUACGGGCCCUUGGGAUAAACAGCUGAACAGGACGAAAGUGUGUCCUGAUAAUGGUAUACUGUGUAUCGUGAGGGAUUCUUUGAGCCCGUGA